AUGUCAGACUGCAUUCAAUAUCAGAUUAUAUAUAACUAUGAUGACAUUCGAUUCUUCUCCAUUGCUGUUGUUCGUACGACUCGUAUUGCCACUGCAGCAACACUGGCCGUCCUCGACUAUCGUCGCACGUAUGCGGCUGAAUACCCCAACGAAGAAGAGCGACUCGCUGCCAUCUCAGCGUGUCAUACUCGAGCAGCAACGCAUACCUUGCAUGCUCUGCUGGCCAAUUCAGGCGUCUAUGUAAAGCUCGGACAACAUAUAAGCUCCAGUAUUAUACUUCCUAUAGAAUGGCAAACCACGAUGAGGCCGUGCCUGGACUCGUGCGAGGUAUCGACAUUUGAAGAGAUUAAGCAAGUCUUCUUCGAGGAUAACGGGAUGACGAUAGAGUCUGUAUUCUCAGACUUUGACCCCGUUCCCCUGGGUGUGGCUUCCCUUGCUCAAGUCCACAGCGCCGUUCUGCGUGGGCAGAAGGUUGCCGUAAAAAUUCAGCAUCCAGGCCUCCAGGAAUUUGCUGCCGUAGACCUCGUCUCUACCGAUAUCACUCUCCGGAUAAUAAAGUGGCUCUUCCCGGACUUUGAAUUCAGCUGGUUGGGCCGUGAGAUGGCUGAAAAUCUCCCCCGCGAAAUGAAUUUCCUGGAGGAAUCUGCGAAUGCCGCUCGCGUAGCGUACAACUUUGAGCGAACGGCCCCAGACUCUCCCUUGUACAUCCCAAAGGUAUUCUCGGCUACCAAACGCACACUAGUUAUGGAAUUCAUAGAAGGCCACAAGAUUGACGAUGGCAUCAACGAGUUUCUUGCAACACAUGGGAUAGAUCGGAACCGUGUCUCGCAAGAGCUUGCGAAGAUCUUCUCUGAACAGGUCUACAUACAUGGGUGGUUCCAUGCCGACCCUCACAAGGGCAAUCUACUGAUUCGGCCAUCUUGGAGAAAUCGACAUACCAACUUUGAUAUCGUUCUUUUGGAUCAUGGCUUGUACUUUGACAUUCCAGACGAGCUCCGAAUAAACUAUGCUCGAUUUUGGCUGUCCUUGUUAUCACCUGCGACGGAGAAGAACCGAGAAAAGAGGCAAAAGUACGCGACCCUUGUUGGAAAUAUCAAACCGGAGCGAUACAAUGUUUUUGAGGCUGCAUUGACAGGCAGGCCGUCUGGUUCGUGGGGAGGAAAGAAGCAAGCUGCUGGUCGCCUCCAAGCCAUACAACAGGCUGCCGCUAUGUUCGAUAUGGGCAAUUUGCAGGAUCAAGAAAUGGAGAAACUCCGUACCAUGCUUGUUGCAAAUGGCGGCAUUAUGGUUGCCAUGUUCGAAAUCCUGAGAGGGGUUGACUCAAAGGUAUUGAUGCUCUUUAAAUUGAACGAGUUGACGCGCUCCCUCGAUCAUGCAUUACAUACGACGCAUCCACCGUUCCGAGUCUUCCUGAUUGUUGGACAGUAUUGCAAUCGUGCCGUAUGGCAAGACGAAAAACAAUCAAUCGUACACCUGGAGCACGGAAGAGUACAGAUGUUCUUCAAGCGAUGGUUUGUCUAUCAAUUCCGGAGGCUGGGAUUCUCCACGGCGGCAUUUUGGAUGGACCUUCGCUCGAGCCUUGUUCUCACGUCUGCAUGGCUUCGGGGUUUAUUUUUGCAUGGAUUUGACGUACCACACUUGACUUCUGCGCCAUCGAUCAUGACCCAAAGCUACAUUAUUGUCUUCAAGGAUCACGCUUCUGCAGAGGAGAUUGAGAGCGCAAAGAAGAGGAUUCAGGAGAGCGGUGAGAGUGGCUCGGGUGGCGAAGUCGUUCACGACUAUGGAACAGUCCUCCGCGGGUUCUCUGCCAAGGUGACGCCAGAGUUUAUCAACACCCUCCAGUCCAAUUUUGCAUCUGCUAUCGAUUAUAUAGAGGAAGAUCAAGUUGUGACAACGCAGUGA